AUGACCGAAGGGGAGCUGUACCACGCUCCACUUGACUCUACCAAGGUCCAUCGAAUUCUUGACGUUGGUACCGGAACUGGAAUUUGGGCCGUCCAGAUUGCGGAUGAGUUUCCCAAUGCUGAGGUAAUUGGGAACGACUUGAGCCCUGUCCAGAUGGAAUGGGUUCCACCCAACGUCAAGUUUGAGGUCGACGACGUCGAGAGCCCUUGGAUUGGGCCCAAGUACGACUUCAUCUUCAGCCGUAUAAUGGCCGGAGCAAUUGCAGACUGGCCGCAACUGGUGCGGAAUACUUUUGCAAACACCAACCCAGGAGGUUGGGUCGAAUUCCAGGACUGGGAUACUCUCUAUCAUUGCGACGAUGGCACCCUUACCGAAGAUACCUUCAUUAUGAAGAUGGACAGAAUGUUCAUCGAUUCCUGUGGUAUGAUAGGCCGGGACCCACGUCCUGGUCCGCAACUUGAGGGAUGGUUGAGAGACGCUGGAUUUAUCAACAUUCGUCACAAAAUGAUCAAAGUGCCGAUCGGAACUUGGGCGAAGGACGAGCGUCUGAAAGAUCUCGGGUAUAUGAAUUUGGUCCAGAUCACCGAUGGACUCGAAGCUUAUAACAUGAGACUGUUUACCGGAGUCCUUGGGUGGACUCAGAUGGAGGCUCAGGUGCUCUUUGCUGAAUGUCGCAAAGAGAUGAAGUCGAACCUUUACCAUGGCCAUUGUCAGUUUCACGUGGUUUAUGGUCAAGUUCCGGAAGCCGACGCGAAGUAA